GGGAUAUGCUCAUGGCAGCGUCCGGUGAGGGAAUGUCUGUCAACAGAAGAAUUUCAGGCUUAAUGUUUCGCAUCGUUUCGGAACCUGCCGAUGAAUGCAGACAUUUGUGGGGAUUACCGGGACUCUGUGUCGAAAAUAUUAAACCAGCAAAGCCCCACUUGUCACUGCUGCCAUCAUGCCCGGGGAGGAUAAACAACAACAACAGACCCGCCAGAGGAAAAAGAGUAAGAAGUCCCGCUCCAAGGGGAAGAGUCCCAGUGGGAGUCCUAGUACCAGCUUGGGAGGCACCUUAGAUGGACAGGAUGACCUUAUCUUGCCCCCAGUCCUCCAGCCUCCUCCUACAAAGCCUGCGGAAGAGAGGCGGAGAGUGCCUGUCGCCAAAGCCGAGGAGGAGACAUCAAUAGCUAUCUGUCUUCAGGUGGUUUUUCCCUACCUGCUGGCUGGAAUGGGCAUGGUGAUGGCUGGCAUGGUGCUGGACAGUGUACAGCACUGGGAGGUGUUUAAGGUGAUCACAGAAGUUUUCAUCCUGGUUCCAGCUCUGGUUGGACUCAAAGGGAACCUGGAGAUGACCUUGGCUGCUCGCCUCUCCACUGCUGCUAACACAGGCCAGAUGGACGACCCUGAUAAACAAUGGACCAUGGUGUGCAGCAAUCUGGCACUCAUACAGGUUCAGGCUACAGUGGUGGGCUUCCUCGCUGCAGUGGCAGCAAUUUGUUUAGGGGCGAUUUCCAGAGGAGGUGUUGAACUGGACCAGGCAGCCGUCCUGUGUGCCAGCAGCAUCACCACGGCCUUUGUAGCUGCUCUGUCUUUAGGCCUGGUGAUGAUCGGAGUGAUCAUCGGCUCCAGGAAAGUGGGAAUCAACCCUGACAAUGUGGCCACCCCCAUUGCCGCGAGUCUGGGGGAUUUGAUCACCCUGUCCCUGCUGGCUGGGGUCAGCAGCACGCUCUAUGAAUAUAUAGAUAUAUGGUACCUGUCGCCCCUGGUGUGUCUCAUCUUCCUCUGUCUCAUCCCAGUCUGGGUUUUGGUUGCCCGGCAGAGCCCUCAGAUCAGAGAGGUCCUCCGCUCAGGGUGGCAGCCUGUAAUAGUGGCCAUGUCCAUUAGCAGCUUUGGAGGCCUUAUACUGGACAAGACAGUGAGUGAUCCCAACUUCGAGGGCAUGGCUAUCUUUACUCCUGUCAUUAAUGGAGUGGGUGGCAACUUGGUAGCCAUCCAGGCCAGCAGGAUCUCGACCUACCUGCACUUCUGGAGCAUCCCAGGGGUGCUACCCUACAAGAUGAGGCAGCACUGGCCCAAUCCCUGCAUCACCUUCUUCUCCUCAGGGGUCAACUCGAAGUCAGCACGGGUGCUGCUGAUGCUGGUUAUACCCGGUCACCUGGUCUUCCUUUACGCCAUCUCUCUGCUACAGGGAGAGGAGGCUCCUAUCACCAUAGCCUUCACUGUCUGCUACCUGUGUGCUGCUCUGCUACAGGUGGCCAUCCUCCUUUAUGUUGCUGACCUAAUUGUCCGUUUGAUGUGGCGACAGAGUCUGGACCCUGAUAACUUCUCCAUCCCAUACUUAACUGCCCUGGGGGACCUGUUAGGCACCGGCUUCCUGGCUCUCUGUUUCCGCUGCGUGUCACUGGUUCAGAGCCUGGGUCUAUAAUUUUAUUUUUUUUUUCAUAAACCACUGAACUUUCAUUACACCAAUUUUGCUGCAUUAACAAAAAUGCUUUUGAUUGGACAAUAAAGCAUUUUUGGAUCUUUCCCACCGCGCCUGAGCAAUCCGUCUUUGUCACAAAUUCAAACCUUUACACUGAUGGAGGUACAGCAGUGGUGACACCCGCACCCACCUAUUUCCACCCACCCAUCCAUCUGGGUGUAGGUUUUUCUGCUUGGACACAUCCAUUUAAAAUUUAGCAACCAAUCAAAUUCUGUCCUUCAGAUCAUGUACUACAUUAUUUUGAAUUUAUGUUUACAGUCAUUCCUCUUUUUUCUGUUUAAUUUUCCUGCUAAUUGGAGUUUGGUCCGUGUGUGGUUACCCUGUGUAGAAUAUGUAGCAACUUAUCACAGUGGCAAAGCAACAUGACGACUAAUUUAUUUAACUAAUGGCUAGAACAAAUAGACUUAAAGGAGCCCGCGUUUGGGUGUGCUGCACUAUGCAUUAAUAUUGGAGGCUAUAGAGGGUGAUAUAUAUGUCGCACACUAACUGGAAUAUAAAAUACACGGGUAAUGUUUUAUAUUCUCAUGAUAACCGUCCUAUCAUCAUAAUCCACAGAAUGUACUUUACAAGGACUCUAAUAACUAAAAUGGACAUUUUCAUAAGUCUUUCUGCUGAUUCAUAUUUUUUGCGAUACUCAGACAGAUGGAUAGACAGAGGUAACAUUAAAUGUUUGACAUCUAUAAAUGUUUGUGUUCACAAUGCUGAGCACUCUGUUCCUAAACACAGAGGCCUGAAAAUGUGUGCACACCUUUCACCACCUGUGUCACCGUCUCAAUAUUCAGAAAGUAUUCUGAAAUAUUUUAUUGAUACUUGUGAACUUUGUGCUGCCACAUAAUUUAAAAAAAAAAAAAAAAAAGCAAACUGAUGCAGAAGAUUUGUGGAGCUGCUUCGGGAAUUCUCUCACUACUUGAUAUUAACAGUCCCUUUAAUGGAGGGUCAACAAAGCCUUACUAUUCAUUAUGAUGUUUUUCAGAACCAUAAAACCUCAUCAUUACUGCAGUGACUGCAUAUGUACAUGCACAUUUUGUGUGUCUUCAACCAGAAAGUCAGUAACGGUAAGUCUUUGCACAAAUUUGACUUCUAAAUCAUUUUUAAGCUCAGUUUCUGACCAAAUCCAAAACUCUCCUUCAACUCCAGUUCUUGGUCAGUCUGUCUUGAUUUCCUUGAUUUUCUUUGUCUUGUCUUCAAAUCCCAGGAUAGUAGACUUAAGAAAUAUUCCACUCUCGUGGACACGGUUAAGCCCCUCUGGGACAAUUUUGUGUGUAACUGGUGUCACAUUCAGCCUGAAUUCACAGAAUCCCUUUUAAUUCAUGUUACAUUUAAAGUCAUCAUAUUCUUCAUAUUCAAACUUUGCAUAUUUUAAUUCACAGUAAAACACAAAGGAUAUAAAACGUCAAAAAUAUUUGGGUGACUAAAACAGACUGGCCUAGACCCUGUUUUCUUGUCAUCAUACCUGUUGUAAGUCUUUGAGUUUACAUAUCUCAAAAUAACACUGAAAUGUGUUUCUUUUUUUUUUGAGUAUGCCUCAAAACAACCCGUCUUCUGAAUGACUAUUUACAUGAGGUACUGCAGUGUUAAUAGUUCUUUGCUAAAAGCUUUUAUUGUAACACUGUUCAGCACUACAUAGAAAAGAACUAUUCUGUAGACGUGUACUACUUGAAUCCCAGUUUAGUCGUCUGAGAUCAGUGUAUUAUUUGUGAUACUGUGAGAUUUAGACCACAGAUAAGGUUGUGUUGUACCAGCACACAGGUCUGUCUUAGCCAGAGUUGGUGAGGGGCUGGAUGAUACGACUUAAAAUCUGUCAUUAACUAAUCACACAUUCACAUAACAAUAAAUGUGAAUAUUACCAUUUCAUGAAAUUUGUUACUGACAUUAUUGUGACUGACUACAGAAUUUUCUCUGACCCAAAGAGGACCCUCGCAUACUUGCAGACUACUGCACCAAAUGGUGAAAAAAUUGCAAUCACAGGUAAAAACAUGGAAGCAUUACUUGAACAUUUAAUUUAGUAGUUUUAGAAAUAUUUGCACCAAUACACCAAUACCCCAUUCACAAUGCUGCCUUUUAUCUCAGAUAAAUGCUAAGCUAUAGGGUAGACUGUAAAAUGGAACAAGCUAACUAUUCAGCUGUUGCAAAGGCAAGCCUAAGAGCUAAUCGCUGUGAUAUGAACUUUAAAUAGAGCAACACUAUCUAGCUUGCGACUAACAUAACCUAACACCUAAUAGCUAUAGCUCAAACUGUAAAAUAGCACAAGCUAAAUAUUCAGCUGACUGAGGCAAGAUAGCACUUGCUAAUUAAAGCAAAUUAGAGCAAUAAUAACUGUUUAGCUUACCACUAAAAUAAGCAUAGUUACACAGGCAUAGAGACCAGUCUGCAACCAUCUGGCACCCACCAGUACUGAGAGAAAGAUGUAUAUUUCCCAACUGUUUGUGGAUGGUUGUUGGCAGCCCUGUUCACACCGGCCUAGAGAUCAGUCAGUGACCGCCAGUGUGUGUUGUAUGACUAGUUGGUGAGUAAUUUCUGGAGGUUGCUGGUAGUCACUAGCGUGAAAUUGGCUGCAUUGAGGUUUGCUGCUGAUUUGGUCACUAGCAGAUUGCAACACUCUCCAGCAGUUUGUAUGGAAGAUGCCGAUUUGUCUGCAAACUAUUCAUCAAGCAGUAAUGAAACUGGGACAUAUGACGCUAUCCGGAAAUAGAGGUUGUUAGGAAGUCGCCAACGGGUCUCCAAGCUUGUGUGAAUAAGGCCUGCUAGCUAUAGCUUAAACACUGUAACCGAACACAACUAACUGCUAAAGUAAUGCCUGCUAGCCUAAUAGCUCAACUUGGCUAACUGCUAAGUUGAGCAGUGGCUUUAAAUUUUGAGUGGUAUUAAGUGUUUUCAUGUAGCUCUUCACAAGAAAGCAAACCUCAAUUUUAUCCCAAUCCCCCCAAAUAUAGUGUAUCAUCCAGCCCUGUUGGAUAUCAUGGAGAGAUGAAAAAAAAAGAACAUGACUGCAAACUUGCACUGUGUUUUAUUAGUAGUCUGAAGUUGCCUUGAAAUCAAAAUUAAUGUCAACUGUGUUGUAACUAAAACCAUCUUAAUGUUAAAAAAAAGAACCUGUAUUUAAAUGUUGCCGUGGUCCCUUCUCUUUUGCUUUGUGUUGGUCAAAUCUUGUACUGUACAUCAAUGUUGACACUGCCACAUUAUGACUUUAGGGCCUUUUUAAAAUGCCUUUGUUUUCUAGUUUUGCUGUGUUCACUGUCACCUGAACUUCCAUACCUACAUUGUGUUGUCUUAGGUGUCUGGUUUAUGAAAUCAAAAAUGUUUGGUGAGUGUUAAUGUGUUUUUGUGGCCGUGGACAGUUCUAUUUUAAUAAAAACCGACAGAGUGAUAA